AUGGGAGACUGGAAGGCUUACAUCAAUACAGUCCUAAAAGACAAGAAUAUUGAAGAUGUAGCAAUUGUUGGACAUUCUGACAAUAAGUCUGUAUGGGCAUCUAAACCAGGAGGUCUGUUGGCAGCCAUAUCUCCUCAGGAAGUUGGGCUGAUCACUGGGCAGGAUAGAAGAUCUUUCCUACAAACUGGGAUCACCAUUGCUGGAAAAAAGUGCAGUGUGAUCCGUGACAACUUGCUGGUAGAGAAAGAUGCUGUCAUGGACACCAGAACCAAAGGUGGUGACAGUAGGUCCAUCUGCAUUGGGAAAUCUUCCAAAGCUCUUAUCUUUCUCAUGGGCAAAAAGGGGGUCCAUGGAGGAGCCCUGAACAAGAAGGUACAUGAUAUGAUAGCAAGCAUGAAGGCAAAAGGCAGCUAG